GUUCUGUAAGAUUAUCCCUAUGAUAGGAAAUACACUUUAAUAAACUUGCCUCUAAUCUUUUCAGCAGCCUUGGCAGGCAUAAAAAGCCACCUGAGAAGCAACAUUUACCAGAAUGGGCAACCGACCUUCUGGACAUGUGUUUCAUAAGAACAGGUGCCAGGUAGAAAUCAGCGGCCAAGAAGAUGGAGUCUCAAGGAGGUUGCCAACACACACCCUGGAAGGAGACACGAGAGACAAGUGGUGGUGGUCCUAUUAAACAUAUCAUUUGUGCUCAUAUUAAACAUAGCAGAUAGAAGAUUUGCCAAAAACCCCACCUAAUUGUGUAACUAUGGUGGGUUUGAAUUAACGCCUAAGAGGGAAGUAUCCCUCAAUCCCCUGGGCAUAUGAAAAACUGUGUUCCAUGGCUCAGCGGCCAAGAACGAUGGGAAAACUCUCUCUCCUUGCUCAGAGAACCCAAUAUGUUCACCCAGACCCAUCGGCCAGGAUUCACCAAGAUGCACAUGCCAGGUCCGAAGGACACCCCAAGCUGAAGGCUGUAGAAGGGGACAGGCUCAAGGCUCAAAACCUGCAUAAAGCUGGAGAAAACAAAUUUCAACAUUUUGUGCCAAAUAGCUCACAAUGUAUGGGAAAUAAUAUAACAAUUCAAAAAACAGAUUCAGGUAGGUAGCCGUGUUGGUCUGUCAUAGUCAUAAUAAAUAACAAGAUGAAAGAUUAAAAAAAAUUAUGAAAAGAUGGUCCAAAAAGAGCUCCCUUAAGUCUUUUUGUCUUAAGACAGACUUUAAAAGACUCUAAAUUCUUUUUAUUUUGGAAAUAAUUCCAGUAGCAUAGAUUCACAAAUCACACCAUAUUGAUAAUAAAAAAAUGCAUCCUUGGAUCCUUUUAAAAGUCUAAAGGGUGUGCCUCCCCCAUUUUUUUCAAGCAAAGAACUGUAUCACAAAAUUCUGAGAGUUCAGAUACAUUAUUUCAUUCAGUGUGAUUUCUCCACAUUGAAUUUUUCAGAAAACCUACCGUAUUUCUACCUGUAAAUUCUGUAUCCCACAAGGUUGUCUGGAAAGCCUCCCGCCAUCUGUGUGGGCUAAGAGGGAUCAUUUUCAUACUGGCAGGGUUUUGCUUUUUUAAAAACCCAGCUGACAACUGAUACCACGUUUGGGAUGGGAAAAAAUAUUUCCAUCUAUUUCAUGGAUUAUCCCCCUGCAAAUCCCUUGCUGUGCACCUAUAAAUACCAGAGAGACUCUCCAGUAGCUCCAAAUCGGUGAUCAGCUUCAACCAGGGAGGAGGUCUCCAAGGUAGAUCUGAUCGUUUCGCGGAGAUCCAUUUCAUCCUCCCUCCAGGCCCCUCCCACCGAGCAGCCAGCAGCAUGGAGAUCUUCCAUCCCUUUCUCCUCAUCCUUGCUGGCCUGCUGGGAUCUCUUGCCCAGGAAGGUGGGUGCCAUGUUGAGCUAAAUGGCGUUCGGGGGAUCCGAAUUCCCACGGGGGCUUUUCACCCAGAGCCCCCCAUCUUCCCCCUUCCCAAGGUCGGAGAUGGUAGCGGGCCACUGCGGGUUGUCUUCCUCCACCCCCCAGAUCUUGAAAGGAAGGUCUUCAUAUUCCCGGAAUCAUCGGACACCAGCCACGUGGUUCUGAAGGCCACCUCACAGCAGCCUUUGACCAGCUUCACCAUCUGCCUGAGAUCCUACACCGACAUGACCCGCGCUCACACCCUAUUCUCUUACGCCACCAAGACGAGCGACAACGAGAUCGUGGUCUUCAAAUCCAAAACCAACGAGUACAGCCUUUAUGUGGGGACUGCCGAUGUGAUUUUCUUCUUCCCAGAAAAGCUGGUUUCAGAACCUAGCUGGGAGCAGAUCUGUAUGAGUUGGGAAUCUGAGACAGGAUUAGUGGAGUUCUGGCUCGAUGGGCAACCUUUCCCCCGAAACGGUAUGAUGAAAGGUCAUGUUAUAAGUCCAGAGGCAUCGAUUGUCCUGGGGCAAGAUCAGGAUUCCUUUGGGGGUGGCUUUGAUAUCAACCAGUCCUUUGUAGGGGAGCUCACAGAUGUGUACAUGUGGGACCGGGUGCUGUCUGGGGACGAAAUGUGCCUUGUGUGGGGCAACCAUGUUCCUUCCAACCCAAUAAUUAACUGGAGAUCGUUAAAUUAUGUCAUGAGAGGCUACACCGUUCUUAAGCCCUCCUUGUUUUCCAACUGUAGAGCUGAGUAGGCUUUGAAAACAGAUGGAGAGUCUUUAAAAAAAAAUUACAAGGGGGUGGACUAAAUGAUCCUUAGGGUCCCUUCCAACUCUACGAUUCUAUGCUUCUUUGAUUGAAACCUCCAACAGGGCAAUAGACACUGUUAGUUGCAUUGAUUUCAAUUCUUUCUGCCAGAAUGAGGAGUUCUGUGAAACCCACAAGCUGCCGUUUCCGUUUAUUCCUCCAAUAAAAGAUUAACUCAUACGUCUGUUGUAUCCUUCAGCAGUUUCUGCCUUCAACAACAACCUUCGGAGGGGAGACUUGAGUUUGUUUCUUCCAAA